AUGCCGACAACUCAUGAAAGUGUUUGUUGUACGGAAAUCGGGCAAUUGUGGCAAAAAGUAGAGUAGCGAGGGCCUGAAACCCAGAUAAGUUGUAUCACUGAGCAUCCAGGUUUUCAGUCAAUUUGCCUUGAUUUCUGGGUGCUGGAGACGGCCAAUUGCGCGUACAGGCAGCAGCAAGGCACAGAUAAUCACACCGGAAACGAGUAAGCUUAAUGUUUUCUGUUUCAUCUGUUUUGUUACAUUUUGAGAUCGAUUUGCUUGGGUUGUUUUUGCCAUUGACUUAAUAAUACAGUUCUAGAGCUAGUUGUUUUUCGCUUCUUUCCUGGCAGGAAAUUUCGCUAA